CUGCCAUGGGGCUAUAUUGCUUCAUGGGGACACACUGUGAAGACGCUGCCAUGGGGCUGUGUCCCUUCAUGGCGACACAUUGUGAGGUCACUGCCAUGGGGACACAUUAUGAUGACACUUCUAUGGGGCUGUGUCUCCUCAUGGGGACACACUAUGAAGGUCACUGCCAUGGGGACACAUUGUGAGGUCAGUGCCAUGGAGCUGUGUCCCUUCAUAGGGACACAUUGUGAGGUCACUGCCAUGGGGACACAUUAUGAUGGCACUUCUAUGGGGUUGUGUCCCUUCACGGGGACACAUUGUGAUGUUACUGCCAUGGGGACACAUUGUGAGGUCACUGCUUUGGGGCUGUGCCCCUUCAUGGGAGCACAUUGUGAGGUCAUUGUUAUGGGGACACAUUAUGAUGACACUUCCAUGGGGCUGUGUCCCUUCGUGGAGACACACUAUGAAGGUCACUGCCAUGGGGACACACUGUGAUGUCACUGCCAUGGGGACACGUUAUGACGUCACUGCCGUGCUGACACACCGUGAGUUGCUGCUAUGACGCAGCCUCGCGUUGCCGCCAUUCACGCCCCGCCCCGCCCCUCCCUCCUCCCCUCACGGCUCCUCCCGCCUCAGCGCGUUCCCGCACUACGUUUCCCGGCGUGCCCCGCGGCCGGGCCGGGCCGAGCGGAGCUGGGCGGGCCGGCAGAUGGCGGAGCUGGAGAGCAUAGAGACGGCGGCGGAGCACGAGAGGAUCCUGCGGGAGAUCGAAAGCACCGACACGGCCUGCAUCGGCCCCACGCUCAGGUCUGUUUAUGAUGGAGAGGAACACGGUCGUUUCAUGGAAAAAUUGGAAGCACGAAUCAGAAACCAUGAUCGGGAGAUUGAGAAAAUGUGCAACUUCCAUUACCAGGGCUUUGUGGACUCUAUCACAGAGCUGCUGAAAGUUAGGGGAGAAGCCCAAAAGCUGAAGAACCAAGUGACGGACACCAACCGAAAGCUGCAGAGUGAAGGAAAAGAGCUGAUAAUAGCAAUGGAAGAGCUGAAGCAAUGCCGAUUGCAGCAGAGGAACAUUUCAGCAACUGUUGAUAAGCUAACGCUGUGUCUUCCCGUUCUGGAGAUGUACAGCAAACUGCGAGAGCAAAUGAAAUCGAAAAGGCACUACCCAGCACUGAAAACCCUGGAGCACCUGGAGCACACCUACCUGCCCCAGGUGAGCCACUACCGCUUCUGCAAGGUGAUGGUGGACAACAUCCCAAAGCUGCGGGAGGAGAUAAAGGAGGUGUCCAUGUCAGACCUCAAGGAUUUCCUGGAGAGCAUCCGUAAGCACUCGGACAAGAUUGGGGAGAUGGCGAUGAAGCAGGCACAGCAGCAAAGAAACCUGGACAAUAUUGUAUCGCAGCACCCCAGGAUAAGCGGGGGGAAGAAGUCCAAGAAAGAAGCCUGCGCAGGCUCAGAUUUGGAGGUAAAGAACACUAGCCCCAUGUCUGAGCAGGAUUCGGGUAUCCUGGAUGUUGAAGAUGAGGAGGAGGAUGAAGAGGUGCCUGGGGCCCAGGAGCUGGUGGACUUCUCACCCGUGUACCGCUGCCUGCACAUCUACACCGUGCUGGGUGCCCGAGAAACCUUUGAGAACUACUACAGGAAACAGAGAAGAAAACAAGCCCGGCUGGUGCUGCAGCCUCCUUCCAAUAUGCAUGAAACUUUGGACGGCUACAGGAAGUACUUCAAUCAAAUUGUAGGGUUUUUUGUAGUCGAAGAUCACAUCUUGCAUACAACGCAGGGCUUGGUAAAUAGAGCCUAUAUUGAUGAGCUGUGGGAGAUGGCGUUAUCAAAAACCAUUGCAGCACUAAGGACACACUCAUCGUAUUGCUCAGACCCAAGCCUGGUGUUAGACUUGAAGAACCUCAUCGUCCUCUUUGCAGAUACACUCCAGGGAUAUGGCUUCCCAGUGAACCAGCUCUUCGACAUGCUGUUGGAGAUCCAAGACCAAUACAGUGAAACGCUGCUGAAGAAAUGGUCGGGAGUUUUCAGAAAUAUACUUGAUUCAGAUAACUACAGUCCCAUCCCAGUGACAAAUGAAGAGAUUUAUAAGAAAAUAGUUGGACAGUUCCCAUUCCAGGAUGCAGAACUUGAAAAGCAACCGUUUCCAAAGAAGUUUCCCUUUUCUGAGUUUGUGCCUAAAGUUUACAAUCAGAUUAAGGAAUUCAUCUACGCCUGUCUGAAGUUUUCAGAAGAUCUUCAUUUGAGCUCCACAGAAGUUGAUGAUAUGAUCAGAAAAUCUACAAACCUGCUGCUGACACGGACGCUGAGCAACUGCUUGCAGAACGUCAUUAAGAGGAAAAACGUGGGGCUGACAGAGCUGGUACAGAUUAUUAUAAAUACGACCCACUUGGAGAAAUCUUGCAAGUUCCUCGAAGAAUUCAUAACCAACAUCACCAAUGUACUUCCAGAAACUGUCCACACCACAAAACUUUACGGGACCACGACUUUCAAGGACGCCCGCCACGCUGCUGAGGAAGAGAUUUACACUAACCUGAACCAGAAGAUUGACCAGUUCCUGCAGCUGGCAGACUACGACUGGAUGGCUCUGGAGCCUGGCAGCAGGGCCAGUGAUUACCUUGUGGAUCUCAUUGGCUUCCUGCGCAGCACAUUUGCUGUGUUCACACACCUCCCGGGGAAGGUGGCACAGACCGCCUGCAUGUCAGCAUGCAAACACCUGUCCACCUCACUGAUGCAGCUGCUGCUGGAAGCUGAAGUGCGGCAGCUGACGCUGGGCGCCUUGCAGCAGUUCAACCUGGACGUGGAGGAAUGUGAACAGUUUGCCAGAUCCGGCCCAGUGCCUGGGUUCCAAGGGGACACGCUGCAGUUGGCCUUCAUCGACUUGAGACAACUCCUGGAUCUGUUCAUCCAGUGGGACUGGUCGACGUACCUGGCUGACUACGGGCAACCCACCUGCAAAUACCUCCGGGUGAACCCCACCACAGCACUCGUCUUGCUGGAGAAGAUGAGGGACACGAGCCGGAAGAACAACGUUUUUGCCCAGUUUCGGAAGAACGAGCGGGACAAGCAGAAGCUGAUAGACACAGUGGCCAAGCAGCUCCGCGGCCUCAUCAACAGCCAUCACUCAUGAGGGACCCACAGCCUUUCCCCACGCCUGGACUUGGGAUCCUUGUUCAAAGAGAACAGAUGUAUUUUUGUAUUCGCUUGUAUAGUAUGGAUGAAACCCACCCUUCUGACAAAACAUUGUUAAAUAAUCCCGGGGCAGGUAGGUGGCAUGCUGCUGGUGGAGAGGAGGUGUGGUGUCAGCAGUCACCAUUCUGAACUCCUAUUUUCAGGGGUUUGCAAAGCAACGGGAAAACCUGAAGCCUGAGCGAGAAGUUCACACCCAGACGACGGGUUGGUUGGGUAUUUUUUGUGUGUGCGUGUGGGUGGGUUGGGUUUUCUUUUUUUUAUUCUUUUUUUCUUUUUUUCUUUUUUUUUUUUGUAAGCCAAAUUCAAAGAAUUGGUUUGACUUCCUUUCGUUAAGUUAUUCAGCUGCAGAACAAGGGAUCACAAGAAGUAUAGGGAGGAGCUGUGGUUUCAGGUUCUUCUCAUUGGCUCUGCUCAAAGGAGCACGCAUUCAGGAGGGUCGCUCCUCAGCUUGCCUUGCCAUCACACAUGUUGGGUUUGUGUAGGAGGAGAAGCAGUGAUUUCUCAGCCUCUCUCCCCUUUUCCCAUAAGGGCUGAUUCCCACCCUGGGUCGCGGGUGGCUCUUGGGAGCUGUGACCCUUUGGUGUGUGUGGUGGCACUGCUCAGAGAUGAUGCACCCCAAGCUUUUCUUCUGGGACCUGGUGGUGUCUUGUGGCCCUGCACUGGGUGUAAAAGGACUUCAAGUGCUUCCUCGUUGCAUAGGAGAGGUUGGGGUGCCUUAUGGGGUCAGUUUGGGCUGGGUGAAAGGAGAGAAGUGUACAACACUGCUUUGCUUUUCCUUUCCGUGCUGGUUUGCAGUUCUGCUUUCCCAUCCUCCCUUCCUGCUGCCAUGGUGCCACAUCCCUGUGCCUCCAGCACAUCCCUCCAACAUGGGGAUGUCCCCCAAAUGUGGGGUGCAUGAGGUUCCCCCUGGAGUAGCAUUGUGCACCAGCAGCAUGGCUCUGAAUGACAGAGCUCUGCUCUGCUCUAUGCUCCAGAGCUACCAGUGCAUCAUCUGCCAAAAUCAAGGCAGUCUUUGAGGACCACGUCAUGUUAUCAACAGGAUGUUAAUCCCGGGCUUCAGGUUACAGAGAGAAGGGACUUUUGCCCUUAUCUUUUCAUUCCCCUUUUGAUUUUCCUUACCGCAGGUGAAAGCUUAUCCGGCCGCUUCCCCCACUACCAAACCCUGAGGCUGUGUUGGAGGGAAUUCAAACCCUCAUUGUGAAUGGCAGGGCCUUUUUUAACACCUCUGUUCCCCUUCAGCUCCCCAUUGCAGGGUCCUGAGCUGCACAGGGGCAGGAUUUGUCCGUGUGUCACCCAGCUGAGGCUGCAGAAGGUGGCAUUUGGGCUCUUUGCUUUCUCCCCACGAGCACUUCUGGCUUUGUAUUUUUGGCUCCAUGGAUGCACGAAGCAGUGGUGUGUCGCCUUCCUUCUUUGUUCCUCAGCAGUACUGCUUUGAUUUCUUUUUGGUAAGGGUGCAUGAACCUUGAAAUAGGCACAUUACUAGCAAUGAGCUCGUGGGGCUUUGUCCCAUCACCACAACCUCCAGCCACCACAACCAGUGCAUUAUGUCCAUUAAUACGAGGGAAGAGCUGGAACUUGGCUUUAUGGCUCCUUUCUUUGAGAGGAUUGAAGGGUACUUUCUUCGAAAUACAUGUAAGAAGGAUGGGAAAAAAAAAAAGAAGCAGAUGGAUGACAGUUGUGUGGUCAGCAAGGGACCGUAUGAUGUGAUCCACCCAAGGGGACCCUCCAGCUAGGGACAGGUGACAGGGGACAAGUGGUGGCAGAAGCAGGUGGGACCAUCUGCUUUGAGCAUCCUUUGAGCAGCAGAGCUCAGAGGUUGAAGCAAAAACCCCAGGGUGGGAGGAGGAGGGAGGUUUCAGUGCACGAGGCACUCAGUGGAGGGCCAUCCAGUCACAAGCACUUUAAAACACUUCAGAAUCACGCUGCUACGGAUGCUGGCAACGGCAUAACAGAGCAUCAGCAAGCAUGACAAAUAGAGCACUCUGGUGUUUCCAGUUUUUAUUAGUGGGAGGAUAGACUGUCAAACCCAAUUUCUAAUAGCUUUUCUCAGCCACUGACGUCGCUGCUGGAUGAGGAGGUGCCUUUUGCACACUGAGGAUUUUCCUCCAGCAGGGAGAAGGGAGCAGGACCAGGCAGCAUCACCCCUAUGAGCUGGGGAAAGCAGUCAGCUCCUGGCUUGGAAUCUGGGUUUUUUAUCCCCAAGGAGCAGCUCCUGCAUUGCAUUAAGUAUCCCAGAGUGGCUGUGGCUCAGGGUGAGCUCUGCUCCAGGGAGUGGGGCUGGCAACUGGGAUGUGCUGCUGGGAAAGCUCAGCCCAGCCCCAUCAGAUUCAGGGAGUUUCUGAUCUCGGGAGGUCAAGCACCUAACCACAAGUCACAUCACGGCCAUGAAAAAUGGAAUUUUGGUGCUCUGGUCCUAAUUAACUUUUUGUUCCGAGAGAUGCAGCUCCAUCCCUUCAAAAUAAAAUUAAUCUUUUAAACAGACUGCUUAAAAAGCCCUGGAAGACGUUUAAAGUCCCCUCUAAAUCGCUUACUAAUGACUGGUAUCCUCUGAUACGGAUGGUAUUGCUUAUGAGGGAAAGGUUGUUGCUAUAAAUUUGUGAUCUGGGGGGAGGCAGAGGCUGAACCCACUGCUGUAACCAUCAGUUUGCAACCCCCAGAACAAAUAAUGCUGCUAUUAACACAUCCAUGUACAUACGUUGGUCAUUCCUUAGGUUUCAAAGCAGUGGCUGUAGUAAGGAGUGGAUCAGCCUCCUUCUCCCCAUAGCUUGGCGAACAAUUCAGCACCAUUGGAUUAAAAAGAAAAAAAAAAAGAAAAAAAAAAAAAAAAGAAAAAAAAAGAACAAAAACAAAGGUUGCCUUCCUGAGAAACAUCCAUUUCUCUUAUUUUCCUUAUUUUCCUUAAAACCUCCUUGGAAUAGUUUUUUGGGACACCUCUAAGGCACCGAGCUGCAGAGCAAAUCAUAAAGGGAACAGCUUUGAACACUCCCUCCUCCAUCUCUAUCCCAAUUUCCGUUACAAUCCCAACCCCAAUCCCCACUGCUAUCUCAAUCGCAUCCCCAGUCCCCAUCGCCAUCCCAAUCCCCA